UGUAAUAAGUGAACUCUGAGCUCAUGUGUUUGUGACUCUUCACCUCUGUCUCCUCUCACAGGGAGAAGAUGAUCUGCAGCAUCCUGCUGCUCAUCAUCCUGACCUCCUGUGUCUCUGGAACAUUUGUAGUGAAUGUGAACCAGACCUCCUAUCAGGCAGAGGAGAACCACCACAUCACACUGGAGUGGACCUUCACAACCAACCCUCACACUUCCUCCAACUCUCUUUUUAUCUUCUGUGAACUGAUAACUGAUCUCAAUAAUCCAGUCCUGUUUCAUCUCCAUGAAGGAGUUGAGGUCCCAGAGUCUCAGGAUGAACAGUUUGCAGGACGAGUCCAGUGGGACAAAGACGUCCUCAGAGAAGGACGACUCAGACUUCAUGUGUCCAGACUCAGGACUGAAGACUCAGGACUGUACGUGUGUGAUGUACUCACAAGUUAUGGGAGUAACUCUGGUAGAUGUUUGCUCAAUGUCACUGCAGCGAGGGAUCGGCCUGAACCUGAGACACCAAACACAACAAGUCCACCACAACCAGAGAGUCGGGGAAGGAUCGGUCUCUACUGUGGACUGACAGCAGCAGCUCUGCUGGCUGGUUGUUUCUGUUUAUUCAGUCAUCUGCUGAGAAACAACAUUUCUCCUCGGAGUUUGAAGGUGGAUUUGCAAAAAGAUACAGUUCAGCAGGUGGAGUCAACCGUUUGAUCAACAUCCACAAUGAUUUGAUUUUAUACUUCAGAGAACGAAGAAACGACUAGUUUUGCAUUGACUGGUUUAUAAAGCACAAUGAGGAUUCCUAACAUACUAAAAUAUGUUUUCUUUAGUCAUCGAAACAAAUGCCAACUUUUCUGUGUCAUUGAUGUUUUUAUUGGCCUUUUAACAAUGAAGUAUUGUACUUGCCUUGCACAGGGUGUAAUGAAGCAUUCAAAGUUCCUUCCGGAUGAAUAAAGUAUAUAUCUAUCUAUCUAAGGUCAGACUGGGUUCUGU